GCACAUUAGCCGAUUGUGGGUUAAAAGUACCAGACUUCGUAAGAAGCACAUGACUUUGGGUGUGAAAUUAGUGUUUUGGUGCUCGUUCGAGUGGAGCUAGCAGUUUCUUCUUCUUCAAAUCAUUGUUUAUUAAUUUGAUCCACAAUGGAUGAGAAGACGCCCAUAUUUGGCGACCCCCAUGAGAGGGAAGGUGUUUCAAAAGUUGGUACUUCGUCGUCAGCGAGACAGGUGUAUCAUGACUCGACACAAAACCCAACGACGAAAUAUAUCAUGAUGGGCGGUGUCGGCGUAAUCUCAAUCAUGGUUUUUAUUGCUUUGAUUUUGUGCAUAUACCGCGGAGCAUCUACAGGCAAACAAUGGUUCCUGUAUUUGUUGGUUGGAGUUAGUUUGAUUGGAUUCAUUGUCAUUCAAGCUUUCCUGUUCAAGUUUCUUCAGUCAGGGGACCUGGCCAAAGGUAAAACAUGGUUUUUGUACUUCAUGGGGAUCUGUACAUUUGUGGAAUCCAUCUUCGUUGCUGUGAUCGUUAUGAACUGAGUUGUCUGGAAUAACACGGGAGGCAACAGAGGCCGUGGCCCCUCUGUUGCCCCGGUCUUGGCCUUGGUGCCCCUUCAAAAAGUGCUCCUUGUAAAAUAAAACUGGCCUUGCCCUCUCAAAGAUAUGUAAUUCCAGGCCAGUGUCACUGGAUAAACUACUUGUAACUGAUGAGUGGUGGUGGAGACAAUAAUGGUGAUUCAGGGGUGGUAGCGGAGCUCAACAUAGACGAGCUGGAAGAGUUCUUAUACAUGGUAUGGGCCUGGGCGACUAGUGAAAUUUGAGUCCUUCCCUUACUACUAAUCUGCUCAUUAUCUGGUUUUAUGUUUUUCGGUACAAUAGAUUGCAUUGUUUUAAUUAAUGAACAGAGUGUGGUACUGGGGAUUGGAGAUACUCCACUCCAUUGUAUCUAUAAUUGCUCUGAAGCUGUCUUGGUGUUAUGAAUCUCUGAUGGACUAAUUAGGGAGUACCUGUGUGGGGAGCUUGAGGUUGAUUUCACAAUGUUAGUACUAACUUAGGACUAGUCCUAAGUAGGUCAGGGGUUGAUUUCACAAAGAGU